UUUAAAAAUGCAACAAAUAAUUGCAUUGAUUGUAUUGAUUGGCACUGUUAUAGCCAGUAAUAUAACACCUGAAGAAAUUGAUAUUCAAUUUAAAGAAUUUAAAACUACAUUCAACCGAAACUAUUCAACCGCUGAGGAAGAGGGCAAACGUCGUGCAGUAUUUGAGUUCAAUUAUAAUCGUAUAUUAGAUCACAACUCUGCCGCCGACGGAGGUCUUCAUUCGUUUAGAUUGGGUGUCAACCAGUUUGCAGACCUGACUAACGAUGAGUUCAAAAAACAAAUGAAUGGUUUCCGUCGUAAGAAGCGAACACUCGGGACACUCAGCUAUAAGGCCGACACCAAACAAGUAUUGCCAGAAACUGUUGAUUGGCGUACCAAAGGUGUGGUGACGCCUAUUAAAAAUCAGGAACAGUGUGGUUCUUGUUGGGCAUUUUCGGCUGUGGCCAGUAUUGAAGGACAGCACGCGUUGAGCACUAAAAAAUUGGUCUCACUUUCGGAACAAAAUCUAGUCGACUGUUCAUCAGCUGAGGGCAACCAGGGUUGCAAUGGCGGGCUUAUGGAUCAGGCGUUUGAAUAUGUUAUCAAAAAUAAAGGUAUUGACACCGAAAAAUCCUAUCCCUAUGACGGUAUCGAUGAAAAGUGUCACUUCAAACGCAAAUCGGUCGGCGCAACCGUUACUGGUUUUAAGGAUAUCCAGUCGGGCAGUGAAGCUUCACUACUGUCAGCAGUGGCUAAUGUGGGACCCAUUUCUGUGGCCAUCGAUGCCUCGUCCUUUGAAUUUCAGUUGUAUAAAUCAGGUGUCUAUUAUGAUACCGAGUGCGGUAACCAACAGGAAAACCUCGAUCAUGGCGUCACUGCUGUCGGAUAUGGAGUACAGGACGGCAAAGAUUAUUGGUUAGUAAAGAACUCGUGGGACACGACAUGGGGUCAAAAGGGGUAUAUAUUUAUGUCGAGAAAUAAGGAUAAUCAGUGCGGCAUCGCUACCGACGCUAGUUUUCCUACUGGAGUCAAAUAAACUGAUGUUUAGUUUACAUCUAUUUAUGUCAAGUUUAUUAAACAUUAAAAG